AUGCUGACGUGGCUGUCCUGUCGUAGUAUCUCUACCAGCUGUCGGGCAGCACGCAGAGCGGUAUCAUGGUUCACUGAUAGGACGGAAAUAGCAGCCCCCAUCGAUGGAAAAGAACCUAAAAUCUGCGGUUUGGAUGAAGCUUUCGGCCGGAUUAAAUCAGGUGACAGCAUUUACAUUCACGGGUUAGCGGCUACUCCAACCCCGCUACUGAAGGGUCUUUGUGAGCAUGUAAAGGCUAAUGAUCUGAAGGAUAUUAGGCUGCAUCAUCUCAUUAUCGCUGGAGGAGCACCAUGGACAACACCUGAGUUCAAAGAACGGAUGCGCUCUAACUCCCUGUUUCUUGGGGACAGCCUUCGGGAUGCUGUUAACGAGGGUGCUGCCGACUUCAACUCAUGCUUUUUGCAUGAAAUCCCGAUGUUUUUCCGUAGGGGAGCCAUCAAACUCAAUGCCGCCUUGGUCCAUGUGUCUCCACCUGACAAGAAAGGUUUCUGCUCAUUGGGAGCUUCUGUGGACAUUACAAGAGCAGGUGUUGCGAAUGCUGACUAUGUCAUCGGUAUGAUGAACAAGAAUAUGCCGAGGACGUUUGGUGACAGCGUGAUUCAUUCAUCCCACAUCGAUGUGCUCGUCGAAGAUAAUUCGUUCCAACUUCACGAACUCCAUCCUGAAGAAAUCCACGAAGAAGAACAUAAAAUUGGUAAACUUAUCGCCGAAAACUUGGUGACGGACGGUUCAACUCUUCAAAUGGGUAUCGGAGCUGUACCAGAUGCCGCCUUAGCUGCCUUAAAAAACCACAAAGACCUUGGCAUUCACACAGAGAUGGUCUCCGAUCGUAUUUUGGAUCUUCUAGAAUGCAGUGCUAUCAGCAACAAGAAAAAGACGGUCCGUCCCGGCAAGCUUGUAGUCUCGAUCGCCUACGGUAGCAGAAAGCUCUACGAUUAUCUGAACAAUAACCCGGCAGUCGAAUUCGGCGAUGUCCAAUGGGUCAAUGAUCCCGCCAUCAUCAGACAAAACCCCAAGGUCGUGGCAAUAAAUUCGGCCGUCGAAAUUGAUCUCACUGGACAAGUGGCCGCUGAUUCGGUUGGUAAGCGAUUCUGGUCCGGAUUCGGUGGUCAAGUGGACUUCAUUCGCGGAGCCAGCAUAGGCAACGACGGUGAAGGCAAACCAAUCAUCGCUCUUCAAUCGAUGUCGAGGAAAGGCAAAAGCAAGAUUGUACCCUACCUAGGCGAAGGAGCUGGAGUCGUCACAACUCGAUCCCAUAUACAUUACGUCGUUACGGAAAACGGUAUUGCUCAAUUGUGGGGAAAGAAUAUGCGGCAAAGAGCGUAUGAGCUCAUCGAGAUUGCUCAUCCUUCUCAACGAGAAAUGCUGGAAAAGGCAGCUUUUGAAAGAUUGAAGGUAAGGUAG